CUGGCUGACCAGAGUGCAGGACCACAGCCAGUGAGGAGGCAGUUGUACCAGCCUGGGUCCCCAGUGCUUCAGCCUACCUCCUCUCUGGGAUUCCUUUUUUUUUUUUUUUUUUUUUUGGUGGGAAGAACACUGGGCAGGUCAAACUAGGAAGAGGCUGGUGUUCCUGAGUCCAGAGGAGACAUCCAGAAAUAGAUGGGGGAGUGUCGCCUUUCUGAGCAGCUGUGUGGGGGAGGUGCAAGGGGUGGGGAUUGACAACAUAAAAAAAAAAAACGUCCUCUCCUCUCCUGGUGCCCAUGGUGGAGACCAGCAGCAGCUUCCCCACCCAGGACAACGCUUAGUCUCCACUUGCUGACAUCUUAGUCUCCUAUUCAUCCUGCAAGACCCUGUUCACGUCACUGCCCCCAGGAAGUCACCCAUGUUCCUUCCAGCAAGGACGGUCCUCUCUCUUCUGAACCUCCACAUCUAUCUUACGACUCUCAGUGCCAAGCACUAGGAAUGGCACAGACUAAGUGUCGAUUCAUGUUUAUUAAACUAUACAGAUUAACACUGCAAUUUUCCAGAUGAGGAAACUGAGACCCAAAGAGAGACAGCAACUGGCCUAGGGUCACCAGCAUGCAGAUGCCUGCCAUGAUGUCUCUGCUUCUUGUGUCUGUGGGCCUCAUGGAAGCACUUCAGGCCCAGAGUCACACCAUCACACACCGAGACCUCUUCUCUCAAGAGAUGCCGCUGGACAUGGCCCUGACCUCCUUUGAUGACCAGUACGCUGGCUGUGCCACCGCCAUGACAGCUGCUCUCCCGGAUCUCAACCACACGGAGUUCCAGGCCAACAAGGUAUAUGCAGACGGCUGGGCACUAGCAAGCAGCCAAUGGCAGGAGCGCCAGGCCUGGGGUCCAGAAUGGAGCCUCAGCCCUACCAGUUCACCUCCGCCACCUCCAGGCUUCCGCAAUGAGCAUGGGGUGGCCCUCCUGGCCUACACAGCCAACAGCCCCCUGCACAAGGAGUUCAACGCAGCGGUGCGUGAGGCAGGCCGCUCCCGGGCCCACUACCUCCAACACUUCUCAUUUAAGACACUCCAUUUCCUGCUGACUGAGGCCCUGCAGCUGCUGGGAAGGAGGCAGCGUCCACCCCGGUGCCACCAGGUGUUUCGAGGCGUGAACGGCCUGCGCUUCCGACCAGCAGGGCCUAGGGCCACCGUGAGGCUGGGGGGCUUUGCCUCCGCUUCCCUGAAGAAUGUUGCAGCCCAGCAGUUUGGUGAGGACACCUUCUUUGGCAUCUGGACCUGCCUUGGGGCCCCUAUCAAGGGCUACUCCUUCUUCCCUGGAGAGGAAGAGGUGCUGAUUCCCCCCUUUGAGACCUUCCAAGUGAUCAAUGCCAGCAGACCGGCCCAGGGGCCCGCCCGCAUCUACCUCCGGGCCCUGGGCAAGCACAGCACUUACAACUGCGAGUACAUCAAAGACAAGAAGUGCAAGUCUGGGCCUUGCCAUCUGGAUAAUUCAGCCAUGGGGCAAAGCCCCUUCUCUGCAGUCUGGGCUCUGCUGCUACUGCUCUGGUUCCUCACGGUGAGGCCCUUUCCAGAUGCUCCAGGCUUCCCUUGAUGCAUGAGACACAGGACAGCCUUGCUCACCACCUCUGCCCAGCUUGAGGAUGUUGGCCAUGUGUGCUUUCAGUGUAACCAAGAUUCCUGGCAACCCCAUCUGCAAGGAACUCCAGGACCUUCUCUGGUAGCUGUCAGACCUGCUGGGGGAGAAACAGGAGACACUCUGGGGACUGAACUUACCCAGGGCUCUACGAGUAAGACUCUGAAUAAUGGGUUGGGGCCAGUAGGGAGAUUGGGGGGGGACUUCAAGACAGGCAGCAACUCACUUGGAGAUAGAAAGGACUUUUGCUGAUUUGGGGGUAACUGAAGAGGAAAGCAUUUGGCCGUGAUACCUGCUGGUGUUAUUCAGAUGCCUCAUAUGUCCAUCUGCAAAGCUCCCGUUCACUCCUCCAGGAAGCCUUCUCUGACCUCUCCCACUGGGCUGGGGUAGGGACCCUGCCUCUACGCUCCCAUACAGAGCCCUGGAUGCUUCUCUAUACCACGUGUCAUGUCUGUCUGCCAUGUCAGACUGUAAGCUUCCUGAGGGAAGGGACUGGGUCUGAGGCACAGAGGUGGUAUCAGGAAAUGUGUGAAUCUCAGAAAGGAAAAAAUGCCUAUGAGUGGCUGGUCCCUGCACUGCCCCUGCCUUGGACACUUUGAAGCUCUCACUGUCCAUGUGUGGGAAUGGGGUGGACAGUGCCUAACUCCAGCACACUGAGAGCAGGAGAGAGCUCUCGUCCUCUGCC